CCCCGUCUCCCUCGCUCGCCUCGCGCGGCGUGUUGCCUUUCCGUGUGGUCUCUUCUCGCCCCAGGCUUCUCCACCCGCCCACCCCAACAUCCACACCUCCUUCGCUCGCCCGCUCCUUCUCUCCUCCCCUCCCCUCCGCUCCCCACCCAGACGAGCGCGCGCGGCGACCCGGACCCAGUCAGCCGGACUCCCAUCCCCUCCUCCCCAAGCGAGCCGAGCUGCGAGCGCUGCUCGCGCGGUCGGCCCAUGGCGAGCGGCGGCGGCGGGGGCCUGGGUGCGGCUGGCGCGGGAGGCCGGAUGCCCACGUGGAGGGAGCGCGAGAACAACAAGCGCCGGGAGCGCCGCCGCCGCGCGAUCGCCGCCAAGAUCUUCGCCGGCCUCCGCGCGCACGGCGGCUACAAGCUGCCCAAGCACUGCGACAACAACGAGGUGCUCAAGGCGCUCUGCAACGAGGCCGGCUGGGUCGUCGAGCCCGACGGCACCACCUACCGCCAGGGAAGCAAGCCCAUGGAACGCAUGGAUCCCAUCGGUUGCUCCGUGUCACCAAGCCCAUGUUCCUCGUACCAACCAAGUCCGCGGGCGUCAUACAAUGCAAGCCCUACCUCGUCCUCAUUCCCCAGCGGCGCAUCCUCCCCCUUCCUCCCUCCCAACGAAAUGCCCAACGGUAUCGACGGCAAUCCAAUCCUACCAUGGCUCAAGACAUUCUCCAACGGCACUCCAUCAAAGAAACACCCGCUCCUCCCACCGCUGCUGAUCCACGGCGGCUCAAUCAGCGCUCCGGUAACCCCUCCUCUAAGCUCGCCGUCUGCCCGGACGCCCCGGAUGAAGACGGACUGGGACGAAGCGGCCGUCCAGCCUCCAUGGCACGGUGCAAGCAGCCCCACAAUAGUGAACUCCACGCCGCCCAGCCCCGGCCGGCCCAUCGCGCCUGACCCGGCAUGGCUUGCCGGCAUCCAGAUCUCGUCCACCAGUCCAAACUCCCCGACCUUCAGCCUCGUCUCCACCAACCCGUUCGGCGUCUUCAAGGAGUCCAUCCCGGUCGGCGGCGGCGACUCGUCGAUGAGGAUGUGCACGCCGGGGCAGAGCGGCGCCUGCUCCCCCGCGAUCCCGGGCAUGCCACGGCACUCGGACGUCCACAUGAUGGAUGUGGUCUCGGACGAGUUCGCGUUCGGGAGCAGCACCAACGGCGCGCAGCAGGCCGCCGGGCUGGUGAGGGCCUGGGAGGGCGAGCGGAUCCACGAGGACUCUGGGUCCGACGACCUGGAGCUGACCCUGAAGCUCUAGGGCAGGCGUCCGGGUGCUGAUGGUUAACGUAGCUAACGUGAGGAGUUGCUGGUGGUGUUGUUUUUUUUAGUGUACCUGUUAUUGUUCUCUAGUUGCUGAUGGAAGCCGGAUCAUGGCCUCGGUUCGGUUAGAUUCACAUCUGUGGUGGUGGUAAUUGUGGUGUUAUUUUAACUACUCGAAUUGUAGCCCGGCGGAGCUGUGGUCGGCUAGCUGUUGGACUCCACUUGGCUGGUGCAUUAAGCUCCUUGUUUGCUGUUGUUGUGACAAGUGUAAAUUAAUGUCAGAAAACCAUUCGGAAAUC